AUUGAUCAGAACAGGAUCGACACCCGUAUCCUCUGCAGCCUUUCAAUGGAUCCUGUCAGACCACCCUUCAGGGGCUCUUCUGUGCACCUGUCUCAGUGUGUACGGAUGCCAGGCUCUUGGCCACAAGCUCCUAAACCUUUGGACUCAGCUCUGGGCAGGGCAGGACCUGCAGGCAGAGGCCAUGUGUUUGGAAAGCCAGGGGAACCAAGCCCACGGAGUGGGCCAGCACAAAGGGAAUCUGUAGGUUUGGUCUCUAUGUUCCGAGGACUGGGCCUUGAGACAGUGUCCCAGAUCCCUCUGAAACGGGAAGUGCCUCCAUUAGGUAGAGGCAUUUUAGGUCGAGGCUUAUUUACCAGUACGGUGCGCAAGGACAAAGAAGAACCACAUCCCACAUUUCCGGAUCCUUCCGUGUUGGCAGCUGGGGAUAGCAAGAUAGCAGAGGCCUGCGUUGGUUGGAGUAGAAUGCUUGGAAGAGGGAAUUCGGAUACAUCUUUAUUACCUUUGGGAAGAGCAACUGGUGGUAUAGGCAGAGGAGUAUACAAGGCUCCUGGUGCUCUCAGCCUAACCUCUCGGGAUCCUGCCCAGCUAUCAUCACCACCACCUCUGCCCCCAUCCUCACCUCACCCUCUGGAUCACCCUCUACUUGGGACUGUAGAACACAAGGAAAAAGAGCUUUUUGUAAAGCAAGGCUCAAAAGGAACACCUCAGUCUUUGGGAUUGAACCUUAUCAAAAUACAGUGUCAUAAUGAAGCAGUUUAUCAAUAUCAUGUGACUUUCAGCCCUAAUGUGGAGUGCAAAAGCAUGAGGUUUGGCAUGUUGAAGGACCAUCAAGCUGUCACUGGAAACGUUACUGCUUUUGAUGGAUCCAUUCUCUAUCUGCCUAUUAAGCUUCAACAAGUUCUUGAGCUAAAAAGUCAAAGGAAAACUGAUGGCGCAGAUAUCAGCAUUAAGAUUCAGUUGACAAAGAUCCUGGAGCCCUGUUCUGACUUGUGCAUUCCGUUCUACAAUGUUGUUUUCCGUCGGGUAAUGAAACUUUUAGAUAUGAAGCUUGUGGGGAGAAACUUUUAUGACCCUACAAGUGCUAUGGUACUACAGCAACACAGGUUGCAGAUCUGGCCAGGCUAUGCAGCUAGCAUCCGAAGGACAGAUGGAGGUCUUUUUCUCCUAGCUGAUGUCUCGCAUAAGGUCAUUCGGAAUGAUUCAGUACUGGAUGUCAUGCAUGCCAUGUAUCAGCAGAACAAAGAAAACUUCCAGGAUGAGUGCACUAAGCUUCUGGUUGGCAAUAUUGUUAUAACCCGAUACAACAAUCGUACCUAUCGUAUUGAUGAUGUGGAUUGGAAUAAGACACCAAAAGAUAGCUUCACAAUGUCUGAUGGGAAGGAGAUCACAUUCUUGGAAUACUACAGCAAAAACUAUGGGAUCACAAUUAAGGAAGAGGACCAGCCACUGCUGAUCCACAGGCCCAGUGAGAGACAGAAUAACCAAGGGAUGCUGCUAAAAGGCGAAAUCCUGCUGCUACCUGAGCUUUCGUUCAUGACUGGAAUCCCUGAGAAGAUGAAGAAGGACUUCAGAGCCAUGAAGGAUUUGACCCAGCAGAUCAACCUGAGCCCCAAACAGCACCAUAACGCUUUGGAAUGCUUGCUCCAGAGAAUUUCAAAGAAUGAGACAGCCAGCAAUGAAUUGGCACGCUGGGGACUCUGUCUGCAGAAGGAUGUACAUAAGAUUGAAGGACGUGUUCUGCCAAUGGAAAGAAUUAACUUAAGAAAUACUUCAUUUAUCACAUCUCAGGAACUAAACUGGAUUAAGGAAGUAACCAGAGACCUUUCCAUCUUGACUGUCCCCAUGCAUUUCUGGGCACUGUUUUACCCAAAGAGAGCAAUGGAUCAGGCCCGAGAACUGGUUAACAUGUUGGAGAAGAUAGCUGGCCCCAUUGGUAUGCGCAUGAGCCCACCGGCCUGGGUUGAACUCAAGGAUGAUCGAAUAGAAACCUAUGUCAGAACCAUUCAAUCCAUGCUAGGAGUUGAGGGGAAGAUACAGAUGGUUGUUUGCAUCAUCAUGGGCACACGUGACGAUCUCUAUGGGGCCAUUAAAAAGCUGUGCUGUGUACAAGCUCCUGUGCCCUCACAGGUCAUCAAUGUCCGAACCAUUGGUCAGCCGACCAGGCUUCGGAGUGUGGCCCAGAAAAUUUUACUUCAGAUUAAUUGUAAAUUGGGUGGUGAGCUCUGGGGAGUGGAUAUUCCUCUGAAACAAUUAAUGGUGAUUGGGAUGGAUGUUUACCAUGAUCCUAGCCGAGGCAUGCGCUCUGUGGUUGGCUUCGUUGCGAGCAUCAAUCUCACUCUCACAAAAUGGUACUCACGAGUGGUAUUCCAGAUGCCUCAUCAGGAGAUUGUGGAUAGCCUGAAGCUGUGCCUGGUGGGCUCCUUAAAAAAGUUUUAUGAGGUGAACCACUGUCUCCCAGAGAAGAUCGUGGUGUACCGUGAUGGAGUGUCUGAUGGCCAACUAAAGACGGUUGCCAACUAUGAGAUUCCUCAGCUACAGAAGUGUUUUGAAGCUUUUGAGAAUUAUCAGCCCAAGAUGGUAGUAUUUGUAGUUCAGAAGAAAAUCAGCACCAAUCUGUACCUGGCUGCUACUGAACACUUUGUGACUCCCUCCCCUGGGACUGUGGUAGAUCAUACCAUAACAAGCUGUGAGUGGGUGGACUUUUACCUUCUUGCUCAUCAUGUACGGCAGGGUUGUGGCAUUCCUACCCAUUACGUCUGUGUUCUCAACACUGCAAACCUGAGCCCUGAUCACAUGCAGAGGUUGACUUUCAAACUGUGCCACAUGUACUGGAAUUGGCCUGGCACCAUCAGAGUUCCAGCUCCUUGCAAGUAUGCCCACAAGCUCGCUUUCCUGUCAGGACAAAUCUUGCAUCAUGAACCAGCCAUCCAGCUGUGCGAGAACCUGUUCUUCCUGUGACUGGACCACCAGGAUGUGGGCUGGUUAGGGAGGUUAGCGUUCUGAACUCAGCUGCGACUCCUGCGGGAGCAACAGGGAUGGGAGGGGUUUUUGUGUUGGUGGGUUUUUUCACCGACCCAGUAGAAUAAGAUAUCUUUUCUUCUUUUUUUUCUCUUUUAUACCUGAUAGCACCAAGAAAUAAGUUCCAUUCUAAAUAUCAGCUGGAAAUUGCCUUCUGGUCUUUGUAGACCAAGUGGAGGCAGUACUACUCCUGCAUAGAUGGAGAGGUGAAUACGGGGGAACCUGGAAGAGCCUCCACAGCCCAAUGUGCUGUGGAGACCUG